AUGGCUUCACACUCAGCGGUUCCAUACUGCCUGAAAGAUGGCAUUACCCAAGUGCUAAAACCCCAGAGGGUCCAGUUUAUGAGGCUUGUGCAACUCAACCAGUCCAAGGACCGGUCAGAAGGCAGAGUUCUUGUAAUGACUCAGUCGAGAGCUCAUAUAUUCCACAGCAAGCCACCAGCAAAGAUGGAAAGCUCCUUCAGCUAUUUAGAAAUCUGUGCCAUCAUCAUUGAGAGUCUUGAGCAGGUGACUAUUGAAACGGACAGGCAUACUUAUUCUCUCAGUCUGAUGUCAGUGGAAGACAUGGAAGCCGUGGUCAGUCAUGUGACUGCCUCACUCAAGAAGAUCUUCCCUGAUUCGUCCCCGGGGAAACUACUGAAGAAGGUUCCUCCUGAUCUCCAGGACCAGCUUUGGGCUCUGGCCUCCAGGGUAGAGGAGCAGCUUAAUGGAUCUCAGAGGCCCUGUGGGGGUUUCUCAGACACUUACGCUGCGCUGUGUGACUUCAACGAGUUCCCAUGUCGCCAGGAAGUCCAGUGGGACGUAGACAAUAUUUACCAUGUUCAGAACUGUCGGGAAUUCAACCUUCUGGACUUCAAUCAUUUAGAAAGCAGGGAUCUGGCAUUAGCUGUAGGUGCUCUGUCCUUCAACCAGUGGUUUACCAAGAUCUGCAGCAGGGACUUCAAACUGACACUAGAUGUGCAGGAGCAGGUGAUCUACCUCAUUAACAGGUCCACGGCUCUGCAAGAGGUCUGCUUGGAGGCAGCCGGUCUCAAAACGGAUUUUGCGGUAAAGAUGGCCUGUGCUCUGCGUGAACAGCCUGCAUCCGCACUCCACAUCAUCAACCUUUCUGCCAACCCCAUAGAGGACAAAGGAGUCAUGUCACUCAGCCAGAGUUUGACCAGACUGCCCCAUGGUCUUAGUCAGCUGUAUCUCUCCAAGGUCUCACUGUCUCCUAAAGGACUGGGCUUCAUGGGUCAGGUGCUCAAGCUGAACAAAUCUCUCUCCAGCUCGCUGACCCACCUGGACCUGAGUGGGAACAUGGGAUGUCUGGCUACAGAGGAUGCUUUGAGCCUCUUCUCAUUCCUGUCGGCCCCCAACGCGGUGACCUAUCUGGACCUCAGCUCCACGGACUGUCCCCUGGACACCCUCUUCUUGUCUCUGAGUAAUGGUUGCUGCUCUUCUCUGACCUACCUCAACCUCUGCAGAAACACCUUCUCUCAUAGGAAGGUUCGUGAGGUGACACGCAGUUUGAGGAACUUCUUCACUAAAAGCACAAAGUUGCAGUAUGUUGGACUGGCCGCCACUAAACUCCCACCAGAAGCCCUCAGGUUACUGCUUCAGGGUCUGGCUAACAACAGUCAUCUCUCUGAGCUGGAGCUGGACAUCAGCAGCUGUGAGUUGCGGUCCAGCGGUGCUCAGGUCAUUCAGGAGCACAUCUUUGAGACCAAGGCCAUUGGCAGCCUAGACCUGUCUGACAACGGAUUUGAGAACAACAUGGUCACACUGGUGCUUUCCAUUGGCCGGAGUCAGUCCAUACGGCAUCUGGCCCUCGGUCGCAACUUUGCCAUGAAGUCCAGAGCUCUGUCAGACGUCCUGCACCGAAUUGUACAGCUCAUUCAGGAGGAGGAGUGUCCCUUAGAGUCUCUGUCCGUGUGUGACUCCAAGCUGAAGACCGGCACCACCAUCCUCAUCAACAGCCUGGGCAGCAACUGCAGCCUCUCCAAAAUCGACAUCAGCGGCAACUGCAUUGGAGACACGGGUGCCAAGAUGCUGGCCAAGGCCCUCAUGAUCAACACCAAACUUAGAACACUGGUGUGGGACAGGAACAGCGUGACUGCUGCAGGUUUUAUGGACGUAGCCAACGCUUUGGAGAGGAACACCACACUACAGAACAUGUCCAUCCCAAUGAGUGAUAUGGCUCUGUCCUACCGUGCCAACCCGGAGAAGACUGGGGAGGCUAUGAAAAAGAUCCAGGCAUGCUUACAGAGGAACAGUCGGAGGUCAUGCACUACACCUGAGGAGAUGCUCAGUCUUCAGCAGUGCCUGAAGACCAGCCACUCGGCGCAGCUAGUACAGAACAUCUGUCAGAGGCUUCAGGAGACCAUGAGGCCUCUGGCCUGCUACAACAUCCAGGAAGUUCAGAGCGACAUCCUGUCUGCAGAAGAAGCCCUCCAGCAUGCCAGGACAGCCAUUACAACUCUUCCCAGGCUAUAUGAGUUGGGGAGGUCGCCCUCUGCUGGUUUAAUGGUGCAGCGCAUUCUGGAUGAUGCCGUCCAAGCUUUAUCCAAUGAGCUAUCUGAGGAAAUCCAGGAGCAUGCGCAGACGCUGCUGCAGACAGCGCAGGCAUCCUGCCCACGGCUCGUCCAGCGCAACAGUGUCAGCGAGCAACUAGCCAAUCGUGUGCUCAGUAAAACCCGACAGGCUACCCACUUCAUUCAGAGCACCGCAAAAGAGGCAGAGAACAGCAUCACGGACAAGCUCAGUGAACUAAAGCUCUCCGUCAGCGUUACUUUGGUCGAGAGUAUCAUUGAGGAAGUGCUCCAGGACUUAGCUGUGGCUCAGCAAAAACUGGACAAGCAGCUGAAAGAGUACUCACAGCCCUUCAGCAGCAAGCCCAGUGUUCCUCAGCUGCGGGUGAUGGAGCAUGAAUUCCCUACUGAUGAGUACGUGUCUGUGGUCCGGAGAAACAGUUUUUGUACCAGGAGCAUCCGGCCGGCCCCGUCAGUCAAAAGUCUGCUGGAAGGGGAGAGCGAGCAGCAAGCAAGAGCUAGCGCGCACUCCCAGCAGGAGACAGAGGAGCACGAGCCAGAGAGAGAAAGAGAGGGUGGGGGUGGGGCUCCGAGCUCCAGGCUAGCAGCCGAGGAGAGGGGGUGGCGCUUGUCGUCGGCGUCAGUGACGGGGCUGUCCGUCACGGCGGAGGGCUGGCCGCCGGUGGCAGGCUCCGCCCAGCCAAGGAGGGAGGCGGAGGCUGCUGGCUCUGGCGCUGGUGCCGCGACCGCUCGUAGCAGCAGAGAGCCCCGGCGUCCGGAGCCCGUGCCUCCUGAACCCCCUAUGGACCUGCCCAUCGAAGGACACACACUGAGGCACUACACUCGCACCAGGCCCCGACCCAACCGCCGCAACAGGCAGCCGCCCAGCAAGCCGCAGGAGCAGGCAGCUGAGAAUGGAGACAAUGAGAAUAUGGGGAGGGUGGACGAGGGCGUAGAGGAGUUCUUCACCAAGAAGAUCAUCCCUGAUGACCCCUUAAAGCAUCAGAGGGAGGAGUUCCUCAAUAAAGCACAGCCUGCAGAGUCUACGUGUGUCACAUCCACCCCUCUCAACACCACCACCCAUACCUCCACCACAGCCCCCACUAAAAACAUCAAGAAGAAGUUUGGUGACUUCUUCGCCUUUAAGAAGGUCCGUGCCAGUCGAGGAGCAAAGGGAGAGGCUGGCCCAGAGGGAAAGGUCAAAAAGACUUCAAUAGCAGACCUCAUCCGACCUCUCCGGGAGGCGGCGCGGGCUGAGAAGGAGCGCGAGAAGGAAAGGGAGCGAGAGAGGGAGAGAGAAAGAGAGAAGGAGAAAGAGAAGGAGAGGGAGAAACUAGAGGACAAGAGCGUCGGAGCACCCUUCGCAACUCCAGCUCCCACCAUCUCAGAUUCAGCCCCCGCAGUACCAGUGCUAGAUGACAAAAUGGCCCCCAGAAUGGCGCCUAGAGCUCCUUCCCCUCUUCUCAUGCCAAUUCCUGUCCAGGCGGCCGGCCUCGCCACCAACCCCACCCCUCCCGCCUCCUCGCCUGCCAAAACCGGAGAGGUCCCGGUAUUGUCCCCUGGUGCACCCACCAACCCAACCACAACCCCCAGCCUCAUAACAGCUGUGCCUCCCUCAGAGCGGGAGAAGAGCCGGACCCUGGAGAAGAGCCGCACCCCGGAUGGGGAGAGGAGACCCAAGCCAACGCGCCGCUCGCUCCGAGAUGGCAAGUCUCAGUCUCUCAUCCUGCUCACGGGACUGGAGCCAGAACAAGACGCCACAGCCACACAAGCCAAGAAACACGCUUCUGAGAGCUCAUCCGGUUAUGAACAGAGGCUCCAUGUUAUGCUUCACUGCAUGGGGGUGGCCAAGACACCUCCAUCCGACUCUAAAAAGAGCCAGAGCAAAGAUGAGGAACUGAGGAAGACCAACUCAGAGGGGGCUAUAUUGGACAGCAAGCCUGAGCCCCCACCCACCUAUAUAAAGCCUCGCACAAUGUCCACCUCUUCAGAUACCAGGCGGCCAGUGCGUGUGGGCAAUGCGGAGUCCCUUCGCAUGGACCGCCCACCACUCCCUGAGCGACCUGUAGGCCCUUUGCCCCCAAAACCAGCACUCAGACCCACCCUGAUCCCACCGGGGGAGACCCCUGGAGCCUCCCAGAGCAUCACACCCACCCCUAGGCAGCCCAGCCCCUCUCCAGACAGCCAGCUUUCAGCAGUAGAGGGCGGACCACCAUUGCAGGCCCAGCCUCCGACCCCCUCUCCUCGCAAAGAUAUGCCACCUGCGCCAUCACCACGGAGGGUGCUCAGCACAGAUGCCCGUGAGCGAGCAGAGAGACCCCAGUCCGUCACCGAAGAGAUUCUCCCUAAACCACGACCCCGCCUGAAGCCCUCGCCCCAACGCCGUGCUGUUUCCGUCCACGAAGACGCACUACUACAGCACGCCGCCCUGCUCGACCCCGAAGAGCUAAAAGCUGCAUUGCGGCUGCAGAGGUCCCCAGUGCGGAAGCUGGUGAACCUGCUGGAGCUAGAGCCCUGCUCGGAGGACCUACCCGAGGGUGAGGAAGCUAAAACAGAAGGGAGAGAAGGUUGCAGAGGACAGGCCAAUGAGACAGACAACACUACAGUCAAUGAGGGCCAACCAGAAUAUAGCCCAGCUGGGCCCAACGAGGAAGAGACCAACCCAGAGAGAGGGGAGACAGUCUCAGAGCAGCACACAGCACAGGGAGAAACAUCAGACCAAAGAACUGAAACCCCCUCACCUGAGACAAACAUGGACUGACCCCUGCGCAAAAUCUAUUUUCUAUCAUGUCUACUUUUGCCUUGCACGUCAGAUUAUGUACAAAAGAAUGAAUUAUGAACAAAUGCGUUUUAAAAAAAAGAGUAAAUUGAGACAUAUACUUGUUAAUAAUUAUUAAAAAGUGAAUUCUGUUGUGUCA